AUGGCAUCAAAUAAAAAAGACCAAAUUAAAACUGAUGGAAUCCAUGGCAGAUAUGGAAGAUUUAGAGAUAGCAGGAAUCAAAAUGAUAAAGACAAAGUAAAAUUUAGUAUUAACUGAAGCAUCAAGUGCCUUUCUUAGUUAGAACACAUUGGAAACAUGGAUAAAUUACAUUAGAUGACUUUAACAAAAACUAAACCUAAGAAAUAUUACUUUAUUUAUUGUAAUAAUUAACACUAUUAGAAAUUAUUAGCUUGAGUUCAAAAUUAAGAGACAUAGUUGAUCAAUUAAAAUAUUAAUUGGAUGGAGUUUACAGAAGAGAUAUUGUAUUUAAGGUUAGCAAUGUCUAUUUGGAUUAACAUGGAGUGCAAAAGAAAAAGGAUUUAGGCACAGUGCAUUCUGUGAAGUCAGGAAAAGAUGAAAGUUCAGAUCUAAAAGACCAUGGUUUCAAAAUUGGAGAUAUAUUAAUGGUUGAGAUUGAAACAAAGAAUUAAAAUAAACAACCAAUAUCCUAAAUAGCUAAGGAAUGA